CUUAUGUUUACACUAGCACAUACUGAAGGCAAUUCAGUAUUCCUUAUUGAGCAAACUUUACAUCUGGAAAUAUCUCUAUUGUUGGAUCAGUCAUGGCUUAUAUUAUUAAGAGCAAACAAAGCAAUAUCAACCUCAAGUAUCUCCCUAAAGUUUUCAAAUCGAAGAACGGAGAUAAUGUUAAAAUUGGUAGAUACCAGGAAUCUGACGAAGCAGAAUUGCAUGAAAUUUUGAAAUACAUAAUCAACAUAGAAGGUGACAGUUAUCCCCAAAUAGAUAUCAGUUCAGUGGAAGAUUUUAGAGCCUAUUACCUCUCCCAUGAUGUUUUCGUGUGUAAAAAUGAUUCUACUGGAGAGAUCUUAGGUUCAUUCUACGUCAAGCCGAACUUUCCUGGGCGAUGUUCCCAUAUUUGUAAUGGUGGAUUCGCAGUUAAGAAAUCAGCCAGAGGAAAUGGUUUGGCGACUAAAAUGACAGACAUAUUCCUGCAAGUUGCUCGCGAUCUGGGAUAUCGCGCAGUGAUGUUUAAUCUGGUCUUUGUAUCUAAUGAGUUCGCCAUUAAAAUCUACAGAAAAUUGGGUUUUAAAGAAAUCGGUAGAAUUCCCAGUGCUGGAGAUUUAAAAGACAAAGGCUACAUGGACGCAAUACAGUUUCAUUAUGAUCUACUGACUAUAGAUAAAAGUGUUUAGGAAAAACUGAUAGGUCAUUUAUCAUCUAAAGGCUAUCAACCUUUCAACCUGUCAACCUUAUCAUAUAUUACAACAACCCGUGAUUUUGGGAGGGUAAUGGGGUUGUUGAUAUACAAUGUUAUCAUUUCUUGUUACACCACCUUCAUGUUUAUCUACAUUAUCUGAGGACGAUUAAAACAAUAAAUAUUC